AUGUCCGCCAAACCAAAUGCCAUCAUUUUCGAGUAUCAAAUAGGCGCGCUCCACUCCUUUACGCCCGUGCUCGUCUGCUCGCUUUUCCCAGAGGGCAAAGAGCCGCUCGUAGCACACGUUCGGAUCGUAGACAAGUAUUCCAUUCACCCGCCCACGACAUACCUUAUCAAGUCCUUUCGUAAUCUGCUCGAAUCGAAAAAAGGUGUCAUCGAAUACCGACAGGCCAACCUAACCGUCCCAGCCGUCGUACAGAAAUGCGUUGAAGAUCCUGCGCCGGAUGGGCGACCGUACACCUAUGUGUUCGACAACAGUGGCAACUUUUACUACAACCUUCCGUCCGAGGUUCAUGUCGAGCAAUCCCUCAAGCCCUCGCUCAAUAUUGCGCAGGCCGUCGCGGCAACAAACGCCGCUAAUCCAAGUACCGUCAAGGCGUACGUGCGCGGCCUCCCUCCCUUUUACAAUCACAAGGAUCCACCCGAAAAGUACAAGGAGGGCGACGACCGAGCGUGGAAGCCGCUUGGUAAUCGUGGCAUUUGGUGGCACGAGAGUGUACGCGCUAUCGGGAACAUCAAGGAUUUGCCGCUCGUCGUCCUCCGGGCCGGUUACUAUUAUGGCGAAGGACUGGUCUAUUCGGAGUGCACGUCGGCAAUUGCGCUUGGCGCGGUCUACAAGGAGCUAAAGACCGAGAUGAAGCUGUACUGGUCGCGGAAUCUCAGAAAGAAUACAAUCCACAUCGAGGAUCUAGCGCGAGCUCAUUGGAUGGCUGCGGAAUGGAUAGCAUCCACGGGGCGCAACAAUGCCGAUGCUCUGAUUGGCGUCCCCAUCCCACCAUCCCAGUCUCCUCUCGUCACUCCUGCUAACACGAGCACUCUCAGCACACCGCUGCCCCCUCCCACAGAGUCGAUCACCGUCCCCGUAUUCAACGUCGUCGACGGAUCCGAUACGACACAGGGCGCCAUUUCGGACGCCAUCUCUGCCUAUUUUGGCAUCCAGGCCGUCUGGUUAGACGAACGGCUGACAGAGUUGAGCGGUGCAAAGUUGCAAAAGUUUACCGAGGACGUGAAUGACGUGCAUGUGGGUGCGUGGGAUGCCAUGGUUCGCGAGGCGACGCCCCGAAUAAAGGAGACGCCGAUUAGUCCUUACACUGAAGCGCAUCAAGUCGAGGAACAUGGGUGCUCGUUGGAUGGUAGCAAGAUUAGAGAUGUCCUUGGAUUCAAGCCUACACGCGGCAAGUUUGACGAACAGGCGGUGCGCUUGUACGUCGAGUGGUGUCGCGCAGAGGGAGUAUGGCCUUAG